AUGGCUGCCAUGAGAACCAUUCUCCUCGCCAUGUCCGUGAUGGCCAUCCUGAGCAACGCAUCGGCGGCAAUCUACAACGUCGGCGAGCCAAGUGGUCAAUGGGACCUCAGCACCAACUACGGCAACUGGGCGUCUUCCAGGAACUUUCACCCCAGCGACCAAAUCAUCUUCAAAUACUCUCCUCAGGCACACGAUGUCCUCGAGGUCAGCAAGGCCGACUACGACUCCUGCAGCACCGCCAGCCCCAUCGCCACCCUCAACUCCGGGAAUGAUGUUGUCUCCCUCACUGCCACCGGCACCCGCUACUUCCUCUGCGGCUUCCCGGGCCACUGCGCCGGGGGAAUGAAGGUCAAGAUCGAUGUCGUGCCAAGCUCGUCCUCUUCCUCGCCGUCCCCGGCCAGCGGCCCUAGUGCAAGCAACGCACCCCCACCGGUGCCUGUGUCAGCCGCCACCUCUAUUGAGGCCACAGGGUUUGGCCUCGCCGUCUUGCUUGCCGUUGCCGGUCUGAUGGCUUGA